AUGCUGGCCGGGACCGAGAUCCUAUUCAUCAACAAGACCGCUCGGUCAGGCAAGCUGUCGAGAAGUCGAGGAGCGGAACGGGCACGCAUAUACAGCCACGUUCAACGUGGCCCCCACAAUCAGGCUCCGCUGAAGACCCCCAAGCCGGACGAGGUGCUGUACCAGCUGCCUGACUCGUGGCCAAUAGAGCCGGUUCUGGGAGGAUCGAAUAGCCCGCCGAUAGGUCGCCAGAAGCAGCGAUCUCCAUUGAGCGCACGCAAGGCAAAGGGCGAGGUACGAACGGAUAAUGCAGCAGAUGCCCUGCAGGCCCUGCAGCUUUCGCCAGAGCCACAGAAGCUAGCGCCGCUGAAUACUCUGAGUGGAGGAGUCGGAGAUCCCUUCGACAGCCUUAAGGCGCCCAUGAGCCCGUACAUGGAGGACCUGUUCAAAUUUUACAGCAGUGAUGUCGUGCCUCGCAUCUUUCCGAUAAAAGAGGUCGCCAAAACCGCUCGACUUUACACUCUCACGCAAGCCUUCGAAGACCCACUCCAGCGCGAUACGUUGCUAUGUACCACGUCUGCGGCAAUCUAUGCCGAUAGUGGUGUCACUCGGCAUGGCAUCGCCGCAAUGACCUUCAAAGGCAAGGCGCUUGCGAGUCUUCAAAGUCGGCUUGCACUUCGCAAACGAAGCAAAGCGACCACCUUCUCAAGCAUGUACGCGGUGGCGUUGUUGCUCUUCGUCGAGUGCCUUCUUGGCAACGAGGCCGACUUGGAAGCGCACAUAGCAGGGCUGAAACAGCUCGUAGACGACUCCGACAUCCAGCUUGUCGACAGUCCUCUCUGCAUCUUCGCGACACUUUUUGCCUGUAGCUAUCUCGGCGCAGCAUUGCUGGACGUUGCUCCGAGUCUUAAACCAAUCCAUUUCAGCGAUCCGAAUCAACUUUCCGAAAAGGCUCAGAUAGAGCUGCAUGGCGUUCUCAAUGGGCCAUCACCAAUGGCGCCUCAACUUCUCGGCAAAUACGCAGAUUUCCUUGGCCCUGCACUAUUGGAGGUGGCGACUGAGCAGCGGACCGUGAUGCACUUCCGCUGUAUCUGCGGGCGUGGCGUUUACGAUCCAUCUCCAGCAGACGUGCAGUACAUCUACGGCCAAGAAAUGUCGGUGGAAUACCAGCUGACGGCAUUGCGGGCGGACAAGACACUCUCACCGGCUCAGCAUGCCGUAAGGCUUGCUCUGUUCGUCUUUUCGCAGCCUUUCAUUCUGGUGGCUAAGCCGAAUGCUGCUUUCUGUCGCGCCAUGACAAAGCGAAUGAAGAACUGGCUGGAAAAGUCCGACUUGGUCGAUCUUUGGGCGCCAAGAUGCGAUCUGUUGUUCUGGGUGCUCUUCGUCACGGCGCAUAUCUCGAUUGGAGAAGCAGAGUGGCCAUGGGUGCUGUCCUAUCUGUCUACAUUGAUCAGCUUUCUUGGUCUGCAGUCGGUUGAAGAGAUGGAGAAACUUUUGACUGGCUUUUACUACAAUCCGCUGUUUUUCAGAGUAACGGCGGAGAAGAUUUGGGCGGAGCAUGAGAUCUUUAUGUCAUCUAAUGACCUUCGACAUUGA